AUGUCGUCUACAAAAAAUCGUACUUUAUCUGACCCAGACAUUGUUGAGGAAAAGUCCGGCUUGUCGCACACCCUAUCUGCCGGGGCGAUCUCAAUCAGUCCCGAGCUCUUUGAAAAGCUCUACCUGACUCCAAAAGUCCCCCAUGCUGGCGACAACAUCAAACGUUUCGCCAACCCGACGCCUUUGGGCUUCGUGGGCUUCGUUAUCUCGACCAUGACCUUCGCCAUGGUUUCAAUGGGCUGGGGCAGCGCCGAAGGCUUGUCGCCAGUUGUUGGCAUCUUCUUUUUUGUUGGCCCGGUCCUACUCGUCCUGACCACCAUAUUCGAAUGGAUCAUGGGCAACUUCUUCCCCAUGAUGGUGUGCGGUCUGUUUGCGGUGUUCUGGCUGAGUUUCGGCAUGCUGCAGCUUCCCACGCUGGGUCUUGCGGCGCCCUAUUCGGCCAGCGGCACCGAUGCAGUGUCCGGCGCAGCGACCAAGGAGUUCAACGCCGUGGUUGCUCUCUACCUGAUUGUUUGGGGCUUUGCGCUGUUCACGUUCUUUAUCUUCACACUCAAGACCAAUGCCGUCUUCGCGCUUAUUUUCCUCUUCGUCACCAUCGCCGCUUGGGUCCUCAGCGGCGCCUACUGGAAGGUCAGCACCGGGGACUACAGCAAGGCGCAGGACUUACAAAAGACGGGUGGAGCCCUUCUUUUCAUCGUCGGCUGUUUGGGCUGGUACAUGACAUUCGUGAUGAUGGCGGCAGAGAUGCGCCUCGCUGUCAGCCUCCCCGUCGGCGACCUCAGUCAUUUCUGGCCAAAGACCGACCUCGAGAUGGGCCGAGCCGAGAAGCAGGCUUAA